UGCCACAAUGCCUUGGUGAUCCAUUGAAUUUGUGUCAAAAACUCAAAGCUAGGCUGCAUACUCCCCCAAGGCAAGGUAUAGGCAGCCAGGUCGAAGGCAUGGCGUCCACGGUAAAGGACAGCGAACAGGCCGCGCUGGCACCGUCCCCUCCGGCCAAGCUCCGCCCCGCCGAGCUUGUCCUGAGGCUGCUGCUAUUCGCGGCGUCGCUGUCGGGGCUCGUGGUGCUGGUCACCGGCAAGCAGACGGCGAUUGUGCCGGUGGUCCUGACGCCGCCGUUCAGAUUCGGCCCCGUCGCCGCGGAGUUCACAAACUCGCCGGCGCUCAUUUAUCUUCUCGUGGCGCUCUGCAUGACGUGCUUGUAUAGCUUGCUCACGGCUGCCAGCUCGGUCAAGUCAGGAGGAUCUUCCUGUGCCAAGAAGAUCUUCGUCCACACUCUGCUUGAUGUGUAUCACGCGGCCGUCAUGGCCUCGGCGACCGGCGCAGCGGCGGCCGUGGCGUGGGUGGGGCUCAAAGGGAACGAGCACACCAGGUGGAACAAGAUCUGCAACGUCUACGACAAGUUCUGCCGCCACAUCGGCACCGCCACCGCGCUCGGACUCGUCGCCUCCAUACUGCUCGUCCUCCUCGCCGGCCUCAACGCCUACUCCCUCUACCGCCGAAGACGUUGAAAUUUCACUUGCCAUGAUGCAUGAUCGUCCGUCUGGUUUGCUGAUCUUGCUGGUCUGAACUCAGUUGCUGCAUAGUCCUCUGUGGGAUGUACGUGGCUGCGGAGUGCUCUCGGUCUGCGUCUGUGUGUGGGUGUAGGUGUAAUAUGUUGUACAGUACGAUAGUACGUUUGUUAAUUGUUGGUUGUACAACACAACGCUUUGUGAUGACUCUAUGACUUUUAUGAAAUGUUUUUUUAAACAGAAGCCUCUGUAUUUGAAUUAUUGAAUAUACUGUGCUUCAAUGUGAGCUUUGAUGGA